GCUGAUUGUACUGAGAAUCAUGUUUACGCCACCCAAAAAACAAAAACUAAUCAGUGUAGUUUAGUGAUAAUAUUUUAAGUGAUACUAAUUAGGGCCGUGACUAGUUUAACAACCCCUUCAAGAUGAAUAUGUUCGAUCAGUUUGAGCAGGCUUCCCAGAAGUCCAAAACAACAAAAGUUUCAACUGCUGAAAUGAGUACAUCUGGCUAUAUCCAAAUGAGUAUGGAACCCGAUUUGCCGAUUUUCACCAAGUCCAAGAAAGAUUUCAGCCCUCCAGAUCUUAUCACACAUGCAGCAAUCUCCAACAAGUUUCUGGUUGUUGCCAUGACCAAUGGUAUUCUGUUUCGGAUGAAUUUGAGUAAUCCAAGUCAAAAUGAUGAAACUAUAUUACCAAAAGGAACUAAGCUUAGCUUAUUAUCACUGGAUCCUUUUGCAAAUCACAUGCUGUUGGCAUUUGGACAGGACCUGUAUUACAUGUCAAGAAAAUUAAACUCAAAAUUGCGUUCAUUGACUGCUAAGUUUGGGAGUUAUGAAGUCACUGCUGUUGGAUGGAAUAUUGGCAAUGAAUAUGACACUAAAACUGGUCCUAUUUUACUUGGAACGUCAAAAGGAAUUCUGCUUGAAGCUGACAUCAUGUUGGAUGGCGAAAAGCAAUGGAAACAGCUACCGAAUUAUUUACCCCUGUAUGGUAACAAAGACUCUGAAGGCGUAGUCUUUGACAUUGGGAAGGGAACUAACACCCCGAUAACGGGUAUACACUUCUGCAACGUAAUCGGCACGGAGAAAUAUCACAUUUUUGCGACCACCGCAAACCGUCUGUACUUUUUCUCGGGCACAGCGAGCUCCAAAGUCAAAGGCCCACUCCUCCAGCAAGUUUUCACCAGAUAUCUAGCAAUCCCCGAGCGGGAAACCUUCACUGAAGUGACUAGCACUUUCUCAGAGAUUAAAUUCUGGUCGGAGAAUUCCAUAACGCCGAAUAGUUUCGCGUGGUUGACGAGUCACGGUGUUUAUUUCGCACAGUUUGAUGUGGAUGUUAUUGAUGAUAUAAAGUCAAUCAAGUCGCAGAUGAGUUUGAUUGAGUGUCCAAGUAGUGAAAGUGGGCCAUUUACGUUAGCUCUGACUGAAUUCCACGCACUAGUAGCGUAUCGCGAUAGAAUUAAAGGUAUUUCACUGUUGAAUUCCGAGUUGGUGUAUGAGGAUAAUUACAAUGAAGCGUUUGGGAAGUUGAUUACUGUUGUUAAGGACCACGUCACCGCCACGAUCUGGGCUGUGACCGAGAAGAAUCUCUUUCGGUUUCGUAUAACGAACGAAGACCGCAACUUGUGGCAGAUUUACUCAGAUCGCGGUCAGUUUGAUCUCGCGAAAAAGUACGCCAAGUCUAACGAGGUGUACUACAAUCAAGUGUUACUACGCGAGGCAAACAUGCACUUCGAUAAAGGGGAGUUUCACCUGGCUGCGUUGCGUUUUGCAGAAACGCAAACCAGUUUUGAGGAGAUCUGCCUGAAGUUUAUCAGUAUCGAGAAACAAGACGCGCUUAAAAUAUUCCUACGUAAAAAGUUAACCACUCUCAAGCCACAAGACAAAACACAGAUAACAAUGAUUACGUUCUGGCUGAUUGAGUUGUACUCAACUCAAAUGGAAGAAUUACGUUUAAAAGGUUUAGAACAGUCCAAUGCAUACUUCGAAGUGCAGAAAGAAUUCGAGCAGUUUUUAUCGUUGCCAAUGUUGACAGACUGCACGAAGAAGAACAAAGGUGCCAUUUAUGACCUGCUCGCCAGUCAUGGCGACAAAGCCAACGCUAUUAAACUAACAAAACUGAAUAAAGAUUACGAGCAACUCAUUCGGCAACAUAUUUAUAAGAAUAGUUUUCACGACGCGUUGGAAGUCCUGAAGAGUCAGAAUAAUCGUGAGUUGUUCUAUCAAUUCGCACCGAUCCUCAUGCAGGAGAUUCCCAAGCUGGUUAUCAAGGCACUCAUCGAUCAACGCAUGAAUCUGCAACCUGCUAAACUGUUGCCGGCGCUGGUAAGCUGCGAUGGUGAGGUACACUGCGUGGAAGUCAUCAAAUACCUCGAGUUUUGUAUCAAUAAUCUGAAAUGUCCCGACAAGGCCGUGCACAAUUUAUUGUUAUCACUGUACGCGAAAUAUAAUCCCGACAUGUUGUUGGAGUAUUUAUCCCAGCAGGGGCAGGAUAUGAUGUGUAUAAAUUACGAUGUUUAUUUUGCGCUGCGGUUAUGCCAGGAGAAGAAAUUAACCAAAGCAUGCGUGCAAUUGUCCAGUUUAUUAGGCCAGUGGGAGAGCGCGGUGGAUAUGGCGCUGACAUUCGAUAAAGAAUUAGCCAUUCGGAUCGCAAAUCAAGCGCCUGAGCAUGAUUUGGAACUGCGGAAGAAAUUAUGGCUGAAGGUGGCGCGGCAUGUGAUCAGCGGGAAGGAUGACAUUCAGAUGGCGAUUGAAUUCUUGCAGAAGUGCGAUAAUUUGAUCCGGAUCGAGGAUAUCCUGCCGUUCUUCUCCGAUUUCGUCACGAUUGAUCACUUCAGAGACGCUAUCUGCAACUCCCUGAAGAAAUACAAUCAUGACAUUGAGGAAUUGAAGAAGGAAAUGGAUGAAGCGACGGUGUCGGCGGAAACGGUGCGCAAGGAGAUUCAGAGUUUCCGCAAUCGUUACACAUACAUCAAACCAACGGAUUGCUGUGAUAUUUGUAAUGUGUGUCUACUAGUGCGGCCAUUUUAUUUGUUUCCCUGCAAGCAUCGCUUUCACACCGACUGUCUCCUCAAAGAACUCACACCCAUGUUAGGCCCUGCGAAACGAAAUAAAUUAACAGACCUGCAACGACAGUUAAACAUCCUCAACACACAGACGAUUGAUAAUAUAAGCACAGGCUCCACAGGGCUGUCGUCGCGCGACAUCGUGCGUAACGAUAUCGACAACAUCGUCGCCUCCGAGUGCCUGUUUUGCGGCGAGAAUAUGAUACGCAACAUCGAGACGCCCUUCUACACCGAGCACGAGUAUGAUCAGAUUUUGAAGGAUUGGGAGUGAUGGGUAAACACAAAGCGACGAUCAUUAUUUAAACACACAAGUCGUUAUUCAUUUGAAACAAUUGUCAUCGACAUUAAAUGCACAUUCAACCAGCCACAAUUUAAGUUAUGUCCACAUCCGAUAUAUAAUACAACAAGUUAACAAAAUGUGUAACAAAUGGAAACAAAGUGUCCACAAGAAAAUUAAAGCAGAAACAGAAACGUAAAGUAAUCAAUACGUGCAUCAAUACAAUAAUAAAAAUAUCAAAAUAAAAACAAAGAUUCAACGCGAUUCGUACUCACAAGCAAAAUAAACGUGUGUGUUUGCCAUCAAUACUUUAGAUCUGAUAACGACUGACAUACAUUCGGAAAUGUAAUUAAUGUUAAACACUUAAUUUCGUAGAAUUUGUUAUCAGUGUCGCAAGCUUCUCUUUCGAUGAAUGGCUUCAUGUGAAUGACUACGCCAUGAAUGGGCGUUUGAAAAUACUUGAAAUAUUAUCUUCGUAAACAAUA